AGAAGGUCCGGAUGGCUUUUAAUGUCGUGUGCAUUCUGAAAGUAGUCCUGAUAUAGUUUUACCUCAUACAUCAAUCUCGUACCGGAGCAAAGUUGUACAGUGCUGAUUGCUGCGCUUGAUGGCAGCGUUGCGUCUGACAUAUGCGGCGCGCUGUGGAGGCUGAGGGGGCUGCGGCUACUGCUUGGCCCUCGUCCUACAGAGAAUCGAGGCGUUCAAUUCGACAGCCCGCGCCGGCAGGACCAUGAGCGCUUCCACGUUUGCGAUGAGUCUACGGAGAUAUAAGAAUACCCUCAGAAUUGAAUAGCACAGACGGCACGACGCUCGCUCUCUAUUGUGUGAGGCUACCCUUGAAUAUUGUUAGGUCUCCAGCCGCGUACCCCUUGCCUUCGCUGGCAGCGCGAAACUCGACGCGACAGCUCAUUUUGCGCAACACCAUGGCGCUCAAAGACUUGCUGAAAAAGAAGGAUAAGAUCAGGGACGAGGGCGCUACUCCCAUGUCGCCUACUGGCCCUACCCUGUCUCCUGAUGUCCCGGAGUUCCAAUUCUUCCGCACCACGACUUCGACGCAAGAAACCAUCGAGCCGCCUAGCUUCCCCGGCGAUCCCACGCGCGAUUCUCCCCUAUUGUCGCCCACUUCGAGAGGCAAGUUUGGCAGGUUCAGAAGCCGUAGCAACGCUUCGUCCCAGGGAUCGGCGACUGGGCAGCAUGAUAACAAAUUGGCGGAGCGGUUACACUUUGGGCGGAGCAGGUCGAGUAGCUCGAUAAACGUACCGGAAAAUCUACCAGAAGUAGGAGGCGACGGUGUCGCACGAACAGAAGAAGAAGAGGCCAAAUGGGAGACGAGGGCCACGGUGCUGGUCACCGAGGGUUUGCAGCACGGAUCUAGUCAGCCCAAUACACCAAGCUACGAGCCUACAAGUCCAAUGUCACACGGACGACCGACGAGCGCUAGGAGUCGCAGUGGAACUGUCGGUGCACCUGCGGACGAGGAGAACAUCCAGGAGGCUAUCCGCCUGCACGAGAAAGGAAAUCUUGAGGCUUCCACCGCGCUUUUUGGUAGACUGGCAGAGCCAACCGGCGCAAACAAUGCUCUAGCCCAAGUUCUAUAUGGUCUCGCGUUACGCCAUGGCUGGGGGUGUGUGCCUCACCAGGAACAAGCUGUCCAAUACCUAUCCAUGGCAGCGGCGAACAGUGCUGAGGUCGAGAAGUUGGCCCUUGGGGCCGGCAUGAAGAAAGGCGGCGCAGCCAAGGGCGAGCUUGUGCUGGCCAUGUAUGAGCUCGCAAACUGCUUCCGCAACGGCUGGGGCAUCAAGAAAGAUCCCGCAGCUGCGAAGCAAUACUACGAGACGGCUGCCAACUUGGGUGACACAGAUGCAAUGAAUGAGGUAGCCUGGUGCUAUACCGAAGGUUUUGGUACGAAGAAGGAUAAGUUCAAAGCAGCUCAGUUCCUGCGCCUCGCGGAGUCCAAAGGGAACAAGACGUUAGGCAAUACUUGGAUCUGGAAGGACAAGUACAAUCCCAAAUAAGACGCGAUCCGCAACCCGCUUUCGGACAACCCCUUCCGUCCCGGUCCGACUUUAGUAUAACAAACUUUACCCUGGGAGUCAUGAGGAUGGUCGUGUGAGAAGAAAG